UAAUCAUCGAGUGAGAGCAUCAGGUGGCCACGCAAAUUCCGAAGAUGACAAAGCUUUCAAAGUCUUCCCCACACCAUCCCCACAUAGGGAUUACCAUUGUAGCCAGAAAAAUUCUCUGGAAUCCUUUCAUUCGAAUCUCUGGUGCCCAUUUGCAGAAAAUUGGUGGCCUGAAGAACCAUCAAAAAGAUUCUUUUGCUUUCACUCUUCUCGCUCAUCCUUUUCCUCAUUGCUGCUUCUAAAUUCUCCUUUCCACACUAAUGACCUCUUCUAAAUCCAAAUGAGGUACUGAUAAAAUGGUUCAACCAUGGUAAUGGUCUAUCUAUCUAGAGGUAUUAGCCAGUGCCACCCCUAUCUGGGCAUUAAUAGACUCGAUGCUUCUCCGUGCAAGAUUACCCAUGCCAAUUCCUUGACUAGUACCCCAGUCUCUCCUAGCGUUUCAUGUGUUCCAUGUAAUAAUAUAAUUCAGAGUUCUGCUCUUUCUUGGAAUGGACGUGGCCAGCUUAGGACCCAUCAUGUAUCACAGCGUGUGGCUUUGAACAGCUGGCUGUGUCGAUCACAUGACUCUGUUUCACCUGAUGAUGAGUAUCGUUCAUCUCGGAAUAUAGCAAUCAGUUUGUUCAGGCGAUACAGGAAUGUCAUUGACCGUGGAGGAGGUGACAACCUAAAAGAGUUCAUCAAUGCUGGGGUGAAUGCAUACGCUCUUGGCUGCACUGAUGAAGGAUUGCGAAAGGAACUCAAUGCUAUGAGAGAAUCUGGUGUUGAAAUUGAAGCACUGCAGAAUUAUGGAGGAAGCACCAGUGUCAAAUCCAAGAUUUUUAGGAAGGAGGUUGAUGAGUGUAUUCUGUGGUUGAGCAUUAUAUUCAUCACUAUCUUGUGUACGCCACAACCAACUAUAGUUAGAUGGUCAUCUACACCUCCAGUAUCAGAUGAAGUACUGCUUCAGUGGAAAGGUUUUUGUGCACUAAUUGCAAAUGCAUAUUAUAUGAAGGGAAUGGCAUGGCUUCCUGUGAAGACUCUUCAGCUAGAGCAAAUGGCAGUUGUUGGACAUGCUGAGGAGCCCUCGGUUGUUGCCAGCCGAAUGCGAUUAGUGUUUAGCACCCUUGAGGUAGUAAGUCCACAGUGGCCAAGAGUCUAGCCUCAUUCUUCAAUAUCGAGAACAGUGAGUUUUCCUAGGAUCACAAUUGGCUUCUUAUUCUAAUUGAAAAUUGUAAAUUACUACAUUUAUUCAGGUAGUCAUUUAUGAUAUUUAAAGGCAAAAUGUUCAUGUGUAAUGAAGUACCUCUAAUGGUGAUGUUAAGUGAGGAAAAUGUAGCAUGACAUCUGCGAGCAUUGUUUAUCUAUAAAUAAAGCAGCUGUAAACAUUUAUGCACUUAAUAGCAACACCGAACACCUUCUACAAAA